UUGUUUGUUUACGUCUCACUGUUAUAACGGAACGGAGCGAUACAUCGUCCCCUAUCAGCGGCUGUUGCGUCUGGUCAGCAUGUGUGCACACAUUUAGUGAAAUAGCUAUUCCUCUCACCUUAAAAGGUUUGUCAAAAGACUGCAACACUUCUACAAGUACAUGUGCUGUGUUUCCAUUAGCGAUUAUUCAGUAACAAAUUGACAGGUGCUGGAAGAAACAACGCUGAAUGGCUAUUAAUCAGGAAGAGUUUGUGAAUACGCUAUUAUUUGAAAGACUUCACAGGGUGCUGAGAAAUAAAGCAUGACGCACAAGUAAACAGUGGUUUCAAAUAUUGAAAAAUUAAUCGACUGAAAGACAACAGAAACAAAGUCGACCAUAAAUUUUACAAACAAUACAGGAUGAGCUCAGGAAGGAACACGCCACAUAUCCAGGAGGAAGGCAAAGAGUCAACACUCUCUCUCUCAGAAGACCCGCCAGAAACACAUAUGAAUGUGCUCCACGACCCAGCGUCGGAAAAUGGUAAAACUGAGAAUAGAUCAGGGCAAGAAAAGGAAGAACGAAGACAAAGACAAGGAAAAUGUAAAGACGAAUUGGGACAAAGAAAAGGUGAACAGAAAUCAGUAUUAGAGAAAGAGGAACAAGAAUUAGGACAAAGAAAAGAGCGAGAAAGACAAUGGCCAGAAAUAGGAAAAUGGAGGUUUUUGAAGAAAGAGGGAGGUAUAGUGAAAGGUAGGCUAAAAGAGCAGGUCGGAAUGCAUUGUUCUGUAUCACUUUCAGAAGCUGAGCUCAGCAUGGGAAUAAUGGAAAAGUUGGGGAUUAUAAAACGGAGAGGGAAGAAAAUGAACUUAAUAGAAAGGGAAGGAGAAGCAGGGGCAAGGAUAAGGCAAGAAGAGCGUCACACGAGUCUGGGGCAAAAGGAUCUCGAGCUACGGUCGGGACGAGGUGAAGCUAAAGUGGGCCACGGGCAGCGUGUAGUGGGGACUGCCACAGGAGAAGGAGAAAUGGAACCGUGUCGAGAGAAGCGAGGUCAGGCAAGUACGCCGAAGGAUAGCGUAGGGGCAGUUGCAGGUGAGGAGCAGUUGGUUGUAAACUUAACACAAGAGGCGAGAGCACGUCUACACGAACAGCAGGUGGAUGCAGUGGUUAGCCAGACAAUCAAGGAGGAAGGACUGGUCCACGGAGAAGCACAGGCAGGCUUUGAGCAAGAAAUAGCGGGCACAGAGCGUGGAGAAGCGGAACCAGAAGCAUUCGUGGAGAAGGAAAAAUCUAUCGAACCAUUACAAAAGGAAGAGAAAGAGGGCCGCAGACGUGUCAGGAGUAUUCUUAACCGAUUGUGGGAGCGAGUGGUUCAUCGACCCCAUUCCACAGAUCAAGCAACAAUUCAGUUAUUGAGUGAAGAUGUUGUGGCAAUGGUUUGGGCUCGAUGGCGCACAACAAAUGUACUGUAGAUAUAGUUACCCUAGUUCGCUGUCCGCUAAUCUUGAGUAUCACAAAUUAUGGCAAGUAUAAAUAUAACGCUAAUUAACUUAGAAAA